AUGGAAGUCCGAAAUCGUUUGUUAGCAGAAUUCCGGCUGGUGUUUCCCCAUAAACGCAUCGAGUUAUUCGCAGUAGGAUCAACAAUUAAUGGUUGUGGAAGUUACAAUUCAGACAUGGAUUUAUGUUUAUGUAUUCCUAUGGACUUAGAACUCAUGUAUUCUACUGAGCGAAUUGCUGCGAUAAAAACUUUACGCCGACUGAAUACUGCAAUCAAGAUGAAGCCAUCUUUACGUCAGAUCGUUCGGAAAAGUGAGCUCAUUCCAGCUAAG